GGUUUUUGCGUUCGGGAAAUGUCGGAAAUGGCCAACGAGGGAAUAGCUGAAGCGCGAUUGGUGGAGGACGCAACGAUGGCGGACGACGGACCAAUUGCGCACGAGCAAAUGGCGGACACCGUUCAAUCUGAUUCAAUCGAAUACGUUCCAGAUAAUAACCAAACCGAAUUGGAUAACAUCCAAUGCGACAUUAAUUCGCUUUUGGAGAACAUAAAUCUAUUCAUGUCGGCGGACGAAGGCGAACUAGGUGAUAACGAUACGAGCGAUGAUGACGAGAUCGAAGAAUUUGUUUUGACCGAAGGGGAUGGGAAUCCGGCGAUCAACUUGGAAAAUUUGCUUCCGUUCAUCGAGACGUUGGCGCGCGAUCUGGACAAGCUGAACAAUUUGGAGACGAUGACGAACGACGUCGUCGAACGGGUCAAAAAGAUAACCGAGCAAAACCUGAUGGAAACCAUACGGGAAUCCGAGGCUAUGCUGACGUAGAACAAUCGUUGAAUAUUCGAAUAAAA